AUGACGUGGACAAGGGGUCCCACAAUCGGCCGGGGCUCCUCCGCCGUCGUGUCCCUAGCCACCGGCGCCGACGGCGACAUCUUCGCCGUUAAAUCCGCCUAUCUUUCAUCUUCCACCUUCCUAAGGAAAGAGGAAACUCUGAUUUCCCACCUCUGCUCCCCUCACGUCGUCAAGUGCUUGGGCUCCGACACAACGCGCGAAAACGGCAAACACCUUUUCAAUCUGUUCCUGGAGUAUGUUCCCGGCGGCACGCUCUCCGAUCAGAUCAGAAAACGCGGCGGCGCGCUCGAUGAAACCGCGAUUCGCUCUUACGGCCGCCAAAUCCUGCUGGGGCUGAGCUACCUCCACCAGCAGGGGAUGGCCCACUGCGACAUCAAGGGCCAGAACAUCCUGAUCGGGGACGCCGGCCUGAAAAUCGCCGACUUCGGGUGCGCGAGGUGGGUGGCCCACGGCGGUCCCGACGCCUUCUCCGGCACGCCCGCGUACAUGGCGCCGGAGGUCGCCCGCGGCGAGGAGCAGGGUUUCGCGGCGGACGUGUGGGCCUUCGGCUGCACGGUCGUCGAGAUGGCCACCGGAUCCGGGCCGUGGCCGGAGAUGAAGGAUCCGGCGGCGGCGCUGUACAGAAUCGCGUUCUCCGGAGACCUGCCGGAGACGCCGGGCGGGCUGUCCGACGAGGCCGCGGACAUGCUCGCUAGGUGUUUGAUGAGUGACCCGAGUGAGAGGUGGACGGCGGCUCAGCUCCUGGAGCACCCGUUCUUUAAUUCCGUUGAGGAGGAGGAGAUUGAGUGUCGGGAAAUUAGGGAGCUAAUAAGAAAAUCUCCGACGAGUGUGAUGGAUCAAGGGAUUUGGGAUUCUCUGGAGGACUCCCAAUUUUCUGAAACUCCGGCUGAAAUCGACUUGUAUUCGGAUUCUCCGGCGGAUCGGGUCCGGGCUUUGGUCGGAGGUGAUUUUCCGGCAAGCUUGGGGUUUUCGGGCUGGGCAGAUGAGGAAGAUUGGAUCACGGUCAGAGGCAAUGUUCAAAAUUCUGAAGAUUUAUUCCAAAAUUCUUCUGAAAAUUUAAUUCAAAAUUCCCUAAGUUUAGUUCAAAAUUCCGAAAAUUUAAUUCGAAUCUCUGAAGAUUUAGCAGUGGAAGAAGGUAUUCGAAUUCAGAGCUCUGUUUGGGUCGAGGAUUUUAUGAUGGAUUAUUAUAGUUUUGAAGGAAAUAUUGAAUUCUUUCCAGUUACACACAUUGAGAGUGUGAAUGAAUGUUUUAUAUCGAACGGAAUUGUAAUGUAUGGAGAUUGUGAUAUCAAUGGAAUUGUUUCUUCAUCAAUAUCAGCCUUUUCUUCUGUGUCUCUGUUUUAA